AUGAUUUCUAUUUUUCAUUUAAAGAUAUUUAAAGGUGAAUUUUAGUGCAAUUUGAAAGGCAAUCCUAAACAGAACUACUCAGAAUUCAUCUAUAAAAUCAUUGAUUCUGAUUAACCUUAGAAAAUAUUUUUAAUGAUGAUUAAGAUUAAUUUGAAGAGUUUAAGAUUUUUUGAAAAGCAAGAUUUUCAAUGA